CUGCAGAAUUUUGUUAUUUUAAAGCUUGUUAACUCUGGUAUUUUCCUUUUAGGUGGCUGUAUUAUUGAGUUAAGGGCUCCAUCUUUUCUCCGCCGCAAACCACGAGUUGCACCUUCGCCCUCUUCACUAGAACAAGCUGCUUUAGCAUCCUCUUUGGCCCCUGUGCCUAUUCCCACGCCCCCCGUGACUCCUGCUCGCCGUGGUAGAGCUGGCCGUCGAGGGCGAAGGGCCCGUUCUGGAACUGCCACACCUGCCUCUCCACCAGCGCCCCCUCCUCCGCCCCCACCACAACCACCUGUUGCUUCAUGGUGCCCUUUGAUUUUGCCCCAUCCAGAGACUAUAGAAGCCGCCCGGCGGCUGGCCGAAGAGAGGCGUAGUAGCAUCGAUCUUGGUGUCGACGUGCCUCAGCCACUUCAUCAUUGUCCUCCCCCAUGGCUCACUCUCCUACCUCGUGCCUGUGUAGCCGAGUUUGUCGUGAGUUUAGAAAGUAUAAAGCCGAUUAUAUCGUCCCAGUAA